UUUUGUUAUGCCGGGGCAAAGUCACCCCCGAAAAAAAUGUUAAACUACGAACCUGCCCAAAAUAUGUAUGUCCCCGUCCUAGCCUGGUCCAAACAACACACAAACAUAGCAAGCCAUGUGAAAAUGUGAGUCGGUAUCAACAAAAAACAAACAUCAGAUUCGUAACCACAGCAGCAGGCAAUAGUUAAUUUUCAGUUACAUUUCAACAUCAGCACGCGCCGGAUACGUUUUCUACACAGAAAAUUUAAAUGAUUUUUGGAAACUACAAAAAAAUAAAAUAAGAAAAAACCAACCAAACCAAAGCCUCUGGGGUAAGACCAGUGACUGAUCGAUAUUCAAUUGCGCCGGUUCGCCAAUUCUUAAAUGGUAUCGCCGCGAAAGUCGGCAACAACAUCCUCGAACAAAGUGAUGGCAACUACGGCAAAGAGUUGCGAGAGCCUCUUCUCGGCCAGUUCCCGGGAGUCGGCUAGUCUGAUCUAUCAACGCAAACAAAUGCCGCAUCGUGUGGGCAUGAAAUCUUCCAGCCAUGGCAGCAGUGGAAUUCGUCAGCCAUCAAUGGUACCCCAAAACACCAGUGAGAUCCAUCAGCGAGUCAUGUCCGCUCGCAAUUUACGUAUGAAAACGUUUCAAAAUCAAUUGGCCGAUGCCCAGGCAGAGAUUGCCAAUUUGGCCCACGAGAAUCGCAUGCUGCGCACUCUCCACAAGCGUCAGUCCUCAGCUUUAAACAAAUACGAGUCCACCAAUGCUGAGUUGCCGCAAUUGUUGCAUUCCCAUUCCGAGGAGUUGCGUGUGUGGCAGACAAAACAUCGCAAUUUACAGGCCAUCAACAAGGAUUUGGAAAUGAAACUGAAGCAAAAGGAGGCACUAAUAUUGUCACUUAGUGAUCAGAAUAAGCACUAUAGUCAGCUAAAUAAGGAUAAGAAUCUCGAUGAACGCCAAAAAUUACAGGAAAAGUUGCGCUCACUGGAGCAGCGUCUACAAGAUAAGGACAAUGACAUGAAGCUAAUGGCUCGUAAGGUACAAUUGGAGACAAAGAACUUCCGUCAGCAGUUGCUCAACGAGCAGAAGAAGGGUAAAGAGGUAAUGCUUAAACUGGAAAAAGCCCGUCUCGAAUUAAGUGGCUAUCGCAAACUGGAAGAGUAUACGCUAGGCGUAAAUGAUAAGGGCAAUCCCUUGGCAUCGGGACGACGUCCAAAAUUGGGUGGCGUUUCUAUGGAUGAGCCAGACAAAAUUGAUAAGCUAGAGAAAUCCCUUGAACUGCUCGACAAGGCCAUUGAGAAGAAUAAUCAAAGUGAAUUUAAUGCUUUGGCAGAUGUUUUGGAAACGGAUUCAAUGUUUGAUUUCGAUAAGGUCGUCGAUGUGGAUGAUAAAAAUGAUUUAGUGUCACCAACGCUUGGAGACUCCAAGAUACCAUCACGUGUCACCAAGUUGCCAACUCCUGGUCAGGCCAAACAGAUGGGAACUGGGGGAACUACCCGUUCUAGUCUUAGUCAUUUAGUGAGCGCCCAAAGCAAAAUGUCAGGCUCUGGUAAAGCAGGCAACUCAAGACUGCGCAGUGGCGCUGGAAGUAUUGGCAAUGGAGGUGCCAACAUUAAAGGUAAUAUCGGUGGUUCGGCUAAUAAACGCCGAGAUACAGAUGCCCGACUUUCUUCGACUGAAUCGAAAAGCAUUAAGCCCUCUCUGAAGUCAUUUGAAUUGGAUUAUGAUGAGGACUUUGAGGAUCAUGACGAUGCUGACGACAGCUUUGGUCUAAUAGACAAAUGGUGUGAUGAUGUUGCUGGAACUCAUGACAAUGGAUCCGAUGAAGUAAACGCCAAUGAGAUGAGCUUGGUCAAUUAUGGCAACUAUAUGGAUAACAAAAACAGCAGCAAUGGUGAAAUAGAUGCCAUGCUGGAAGAGGACGAGGACGAAGAUGAGGAAGAGCAAACCGAAUCUCAAGAUUCACAGCGUGACGAGGACGAGGUGUCCAAGCCAAAUCCUCGUGGUCCCCGUAUGAAAGAGAACAUGUCCAGCAUUCGCAAACAGAUUUCCAAUGAUCACAAAGAGCGUGAGAGCUUCCUUAAUGCCUAUUGCCGUCAAUCGUCUAGUAGCAAUGUUCGUGAAGAUGCCAAGAAACGUACUGGCGUGGUGGCUCCUGGAGUUGGUGUUGGUAACACUUUGACCGGCAGUCGUAAGCAUUCUUUGCUAGCUGCCCUUAAGGUUAUCGAUGACAAUAAGGGCCAGGAUUAGCCUUACAUACAGACACACACACUCACAGUGACAAACAGACACGAGCACACACAUUCAACACGUAAUGCACAAACAACUCCGUAAGUUUUACUUUGACUACACUACAAAAAAAAAACUUGGAUUUUGUCAAUUUCAAUCUAGUGCCCUAAGCUGUGUUAAGUUAUGAUCAUGUAUAUUUUGUCGAACGCAAGUAAAGCCAUUACACUGGGGGCGAUUCUCGUUAAAACGAGGAGCAGUAGUAGAAGGAGAACUUGAUGGUUUACAAGAGGCAUCUCUGGAGCCCAAGUUUCUCCUGCUAUUGUUGCUCCGGUUCGAACGAGUUUUACCUGUGUGAGCGCUAAAAUUUUA